CACAGCUUAGGUGUGGUUUAAACGGCGGGCACGCUAGUUUAAAACUCAUCAAAAGAGUAGCCCGAACGUCCUCCUCCCAAAAGCAACACGAGUCGUUCUCGCUCAUGCUGGCGCCGCUUUGUGAUCUGACUCCGGUUGCUGAGCUCCAACCGGGGGGUUUUCAAGGAAGGUUCAGCUGUGACACGUGGAAGGCCGGCGGUGCUGGAGUGAUGUGAACGAAUUUAAAUGCAAUGAUCCAAUGGGAAAGAUUUAAAUGAGACCUGAGGGGCAACUUCUUCUAGACUCUCACCAGUCCAGAUUGGUGCGUAUAUGGAAUGAGGACAUUUACACAGGUAGAGUCCACAACCAAAACUCUUGUGUUAUUUGAUGGAGUUUGUUGGAACAUGUUGGGUAACUAAUCUAUUCAUCAUCUUGCUGUGCAUGUCUAGAAGAGCUGAAUCCUGUGCUAAUGGGGAAAUGCAAGUCAGCCCUGCCACAGUAGUCAGACUUGGAUCCAGCAUUAACAUAUCGUGCAUCUUAAAGGGAUCAUCUUAUGGUCAGUGUGCAGCCCGUCAACUUUGUAUUAUUGAAAACAAUAAUAGGCGGCUUGUUGCAACACAGAUCUCUGCCAAUGCAGUUGCUGCAUACAUUCCAAAGAUUGAAAACCCCAAGUCCACUUUUGCAUGUAAGCUUCAUUGCAACACUGAAUAUUUGAUCUGCGGAAUUGAUAUUAAAGCUGGCAAUCCUCCAGAUCGGCCCCAAAACCUGAAAUGCAUUCAGAAGGGCCGGGUUGGAGACAUAAUGUGUACCUGGGAUGCAGGACAUGACACAUACAUCAGCACAAAAACCAUAUUGCGGUUCAGAAAUGAGUCACACAGUUUUAUCGCCUCAGCUACCUCUGCAGAACUAUCAACUGGAAAAUGCACAAGACCCAGAAAGACACUAAGCCACCAAAGACUGGGCUUUGCUUGUGAAUUUGGCCACCGUUUUGAUCCAUUCUCUACUUAUUUGGCUUGGGUUACAGUCUCAAACCAGCUAGGAAGUCAAUCUUCAGCAGUCAUGACCUUCGCACUGGAUGGAAUUGCGAAACCCUCUGCUCCCAACAUCAGUCGAAUAGAAUGUAGCGGCAGUACACUCUUCAAUUGCACAAUCUACUGGAACGAGGAACAGAAUGCAGAGUGGUUUGAAAUCCAGUUUCAAAUUACAAACAGCAGCAAAUGGGAAAAGAAAUUCAUAGCCAAUUCAACAAGUUGCACCAUGGCUGAUUUGGAGCAUUUUGAGGAGUAUGUGUUCAAGAUUCGUUCCAAGUUUCUUCAAACCCGAGGUCUGUGGAGUGACUGGAGCUCUUCAUUUGUAACCAGGACACCAGAGGCAGCACCCAUUGGGCAACUGGAUGCCUGGUAUACCAUGGACCUAUCAGAUCCAAACAACCUAAGGGUCACUCUCUUCUGGAAGCCUCUCAAGGUAUUUGAAGUCAGAGGAAGAGUCUUGGGGUACAACAUAACUCUACAAGAAAGCAUAAAGAAUAACACAACCAUUUGGAUACAGCAGACGAAGAAGACCUGGUACACAGGGGACAUUCCCAGGGCAGGCUGUGUCAUCACAGCGUCUGUAUACAACUGCAGGGGCAGUUCUCCACCAACUCAACUCCACCUAUCAUCUCUCAGAGAUCUUCCUCCAGCAAGCAACAUCUCCACUAUGUAUUCUGAGAAUAAUUGGCUCCUAAUUGAAUGGAUGGAACCAGUGAAACCACCAGUGGCAGUCCAGGGAUAUGUAGUAAUGUGGACAGAAGUAAAUGAUAAACUCAAUCAAAAUAUAAAUUGGAUUAAACUCCCUCCUCAGAACCGUUCAGCAAGAUUAACAGAAAAUAUAAAACCGAAGACAUGCUUUCAGAUCUCCGUCUUUGCAGUUUACGACAAUGGCGCAGGGAUACCACUAUCAAUUUGGAAAUAUACAGCACCAAAAGACCAUACUGCAGCCAUAUUUUGGAAUAUUCCACAGGUUCAGAAAGAGAGCUGCACUGAGAGCUAUACCAUCCACAAACGGGAGAAGGGUUCAAAGUUGCCACCUACAAUUUAUGCUACUCAUCUGUACCCUGACAGCAAGUCCAUCAUGGCGAUCGUCGUUGCAGUGACGUUAUUAGCAGCAGUCGUUGUUUCUGUAUUCUGUUUACGGCAGUCCGUGAGGACCAGGAUUUUGUUGAUUUUAUCAAAACUUGUGUCACGACUGUAUGUUAGCAAUAUUCCUGAUCCAGCUAAUUGUACAUGGGCAAAGAAAUAUACUGCAAUUAAGGGUAACCUGGACCUAACAUGUCCUUUCUACCAAGCUGACUCAACUGCAACUUAUGAAGAUCCAGAGAUUCUACAACUAGAGGAAAUGUCAUCUGGCCAGGAAAUCUGCAGCAGUAUGGAGGCUAUUGAUCAAGAUCAAAAUAGCCAGCUAUCCACAUUCCAAAUUCAACCCACAGCAAGUCAGCCACAACCUAGUGAGGAAUCAUGCCAAGAAUUUUCACCAAGGAACAGCCAAGAGGAUAUUCUUGAUUAUAAAUGCCAACUUCCUUGUUUGUAUGUUGAGAAGUUGUCCUCUGUGGAGAUUGAUCACCAGUUCACAGAUUCACAAAACUCUGCAGUAGACCAAAGCAUUGGCUACAUCCCUUCCAACUUUAUACAUGUAACAGACACAGAGACCAAAGGUCAAGGUUUUGUUGACAGUUUUGCAUUCAUGCCUCUUCCCUCUCUGUCCAGAAUGGAGAUCACCUUUGAAGGGAAACUAACAUUAGAUGUUGUGAGAAUUGACUGCAGUUCACUUGUAGAAUAGAUCAAUUAUUAUUUUUCCUAAUUCAUGCUUCUAGUUGAGAUCACCCCAAUUAUUAACAGGUAAAGUAUUACAAGCUCCCUAACUGGGUACUUCUUGGCUCUUACUUCCCUUUGAGCUUCCAUACAGACAUUGUGCAUGCCUUCCACAGAACUGAAGUGAUUACUGACAACAGUAACGGUAUCAUAUAAAUAAUAGCAUCCAGUUGUCUUAGCUAUACAUUGCCCUCCAUAAUGUUUCGGACAAAGACUCAUAAUUUAUUUAUUUGCCUCUGUACUC